AUGCUGCGGCUCUCCUCUGGCGAAAUCACCGCAGAGAAGCUGGUCACGGCAAUUUGUAAGCGCGCUACAGCAGCUACCUGGCUAGCGAACUUUCUGACCGAAAUGAACAUUGUCGGCGCAAUCAAUCGUGCAAAGGAACUCGAUCGCAUUCUCAAUGAGACGGGAAAAACUGUCGGCCCCCUUCAUGGAUUGCCCAUGACAAUUCAGGAUACCGAGGAUUUCAAAGGUUUCGAUACCUCAUGCGGUGGUCGUGAGGUCUUCACAGAGGGAAGAUCUGGCCGUUCCAUGACGGUCCAGUCGCUGGGAUGGGGCUCAUGGGCCACUCUGCUCGAGACAUUCGACUCGCCGGCCAAGGUAGUGUCGGAUGCCAAAUCCUGGGAGGCACAGACGCUAUUCAUGUACCCAAGCCCAUGGAUGAACGUCACAGCUCCCAAAAAACCUCGUAUUGGCGUAUGGAACGUGGAAAGCCUCAAUAUCUAUUUGCAUCUCUUCCCGCCAGUCCUGCGCGGAUACAAGACGGCCCAAAGUCGCCUGCGCGCGGCAGUCUUCGAGCUGGUAGAGUUCACUCCACCUGACAUGAGCCAACUCAACACUCGGCUUGUCAAUCUGACUGUGGCCAUGAACAUGGCGUGGAACAGUAGCGGAAUGCCUCUCGACGCGCUGCUAUCUGUUACGGCGGCCAACACUGCGCUACCGUGGGACACAUGGCACGACACGACGUACACGUCUAUUUAUAGCUGUGUUGACUGGCCAGGCAUAUCACUCCAGUUGGGUCUCACUGUAGACAAGAACAUCGACCAAAAGUAUAGUAACUUUGGGCCAUUCAGCAAGGAAGACGCGAGAUUGGAGUCAUUGUAUGAUCCGGAGGCGUUUCACGGCUUGCCACUAUCGUUGCGGCUUGCCGCAAGGAAGUUUGAGGAUGAGAAGCUGCUGGCCAUUGCUGAGCUUUUGCAUCCUGUUAUGAAAGGAGUGAUCCCGCGCGCGGCGAAUGCGGAUAGAUCAACACUUAUUGAGGAUUAUGCCAAGAGCGAAAGUUCGAGCAGAAUCCCGAUUUCCUGGAGCAGUUGCAUGCGUGGCCAGACUUGCCUUUUGGAGCGCGCGACUAUUACCAACAAGUCCAUAUAG